AUGCCUAAACUCCUACAAGGCAUUGUCACUGUCAUUGAUCUUUUCUACCAAUAUGCCACCCAGGAUGGGGAGUGUGACAUGUUGAAUAAGGCAGAACUGAAAGAACUUCUGGAAAAUGAGUUUCGACAAAUUAUGAAGAAUCCAGAUGAUCCAGACACUGUAGAUAUCAUCAUGCAAAAUCUGGAUCAAGACCAUGACAAGAAAGUGAAUUUUACUGAGUAUCUUCUGAUGAUAUUCAAACUGGCUCAGGCUUGUAAUAAAAUCAUUGGCAAAGAUUACUGCCAAGCUUCAGGGUCAAAGCAGAGAGAUCACAGUCACCAGCACCAAGAGGAACAGAAUGAAACAGAAGAGGAGGACAGAAGGCAAGGUCAUUCAGUGUCAAGUACAGAAGAGAAUAAUUCCUAUUCCAGGGGUUCCAGGAGAAGCAUUAAACACAGGCCUGGGUCCAGCUCCAGAAGAAUGAGUCAUCAAGGAGGCUUAUCCAGUUCAGAGCACAGGCAAAGCCCUGGGGAAAGACGAGAGUCAAGUUCAGGCCACUUCAAGGAUAGUAAGAAAAACAAUCAUGGCUCUCUUCAGCAAGAGAGAUCUGAGAGUCAUUCUUCUGGUCGGAGGCAACAUAGAUCCAAUUCAACUGGUCAAUCAGGACUUAGUAGACAACAAAAACAUGGUUCUGAAUCAAGAGAGUCUUCAAGCUAUGAGGGAUAUGGGUCUGAAUCAGGCCAGUCCAUAAGCAAUGGCAAAACUCACUCAAGCUCUUAUGAGUCCUCUACUCAGAGAAAACAUAGCAGCAGCUCUAGUCAUCAAUCAGAAGGGUAUGGAAGACAAAAGCAUGGGUCUGGCUCAGGACAGUCUUCUAACCAUAGUAACCAAGAAUGUGGAUCUGGACAGUCUUCUAGCUAUGGACAAUAUGGUUCUGGCUCCAGUCAUUCUUCUAGGCAAAAAUACCAUGAAUCCAACUCAGGUGGUUAUUCAGGGAGUUGUGGAAGACAAAAUCAAGGGUCUUGGUCAGGCCAAUCCUCUAAUUAUGGAAAAUACGAAUCUAGUUCUAAUCAACCUUCUAAUCAUAAAUACCAUGAGUCUAGCUCAAGAUCCAGUUUAGGUGAGUCAUCAAGCUGUGGACAACAUGGACCUGGAUCAGGUCAAUCAUCUGGCUUUGGGCAACAUGGGUCUGGCUUAGGUCAAUCCUCUAGUUAUGGACAAAAUAGUUCUACUUCAGAACAGUCAUCAAGCUGUGGACACUACGGAUAUGGCUCAGGUGAGUCUUCUAGCCAUAGGAGACAAAGGUCUGGUUCAGGAGAGUCUUCUAGCUAUGAACGACACAGGUCUCGCCCAAGUCGGUCUUCUAGCCACAGCCAACAUAGGUCUGGGUCAAGAGAGUCUUCUAGCUAUGGACGACAUAGGUCUGGCUCAAGUCGAUCUUCUAACCACAGCCAACAUGGAUCUGGAACAAGUCAAUCUUCUGGAUUCGGGCAACAUGGGUCAGGAUUAAGUCAGUCUUCUAGCCACAGCCAACACAAAUCUGGAUCAGGCCAGUCACCUAGCUAUGGCCAACACAGAUCUGGCUCAAGUCAGUCCUCUAGAUAUGGCCAUCAUGGGUCUGGCUCAGGUCAAUCUUCUUGCUUUGGCCAUCAUGGGUCUGGAUCAGGUCAAUCUUCUGGCUUUGGGCAACAUGAAUGUAGCUCAGGAGAGUCUUCUGGCACUGUGCAUGGAUCUGGCUUAGGUCAAUCAUCAAGCUCUGGAGAGCAUGAAUCUGGAUAUGGUCAGUCCUCUAACUAUGGACAACAUGCUUCCUCUUCUGGACAGUCAUCAAGCUGUGGGCAACACGCAUCUGGAUCAGGUCAGUCUUCUGGCUUGGGGCACCACGGGUCAGGAUCUUGUCAGUCUUCUAGUUAUAGUCAGCAUAGGUCUGGAUCAGGACAGUCUUCUGGCUAUGGUCAGUAUGGUUCUGGCUCAAGUCAAUCUUCUGGCUAUGGACAAUAUGGUUCUGCUUCAAGACAGUCAUCAAGCUGUGGCUUGGGGCACCACGGGUCAGGAUCUUGUCAGUCUUCUAGUUAUAGUCAGCAUAGGUCUGGAUCAGGACAGUCUUCUGGCUAUGGUCAGUAUGGUUCUGGCUCAAGUCAAUCUUCUGGCUAUGGACAAUAUGGUUCUGCUUCUAGACAGUCAUCAAGCUGUGGGCAACAUGCAUCUGGAUCAGGACAGUCUUCUAGCCAUGGCCAACACAGAUCUGGCUCAAGUCAGUCCUCUAGAUAUGGCCAUCAUGAGUCUGGAUCAGGUCAAUCUUCUAGCCUGGGGCACCAUAGGUCUGGAUCUGGUCAGUCUUCUAGCUAUGGUCAGCAUGGGUCUGGAUCUCGUCAGUCUUCCAGCUAUGGUCAGUAUGGGUCUGGAUCAGGUCAGUCUUCUAGCUACAGCCAACAUGGGUUUGGAUCAAGCCAGUCUUCUGGCUCUGGGAGACACAGGUCUGGAUCAGGUCAGUCUUCUAGCUUUGGUCAUCAUGAGUCUGGAUCAGGACAGUCUUCUGGCUAUGGCCAACACAGAUCUGGCUCAAGUCAGACCUCUAGAUAUGGCCAUCAUGGGUCUGGAUUGGGUCAAUCUUCUGGUUUGGGGCAUUAUGGGUCUAGCUCAAGUCAGUCUUUUGGAUUUGGGCAACAUGAAUAUAGCUCAGGAGAGUCUUCUGGCACUGAGCAUGGAUCUGGCUUAGGUCAGUCAUCAAGCUCUGGACAGCAUGAAUCUGGAUAUGGUCAGUCCUCUAGCUAUGGACAACAUGCUUCUGCUUCUAGACAGUCAUCAAGCUGUGGGCAACACGCAUCUGGAUCAGGUCAGUCUUCUGGCUUUGGGCAACAUGGGUAUGAAUCAGGUCAAUCUUCUGGCUCUCAUCAACACAGGUCUGGAUCAGCACAGUUUUCUGGCCAUGGUCAACAUGGUUCUGGCUCAAGUCAGUCUUCUAGCUAUGGACAAUAUGGUUCUACUUCUGGACAAUCAUCAAGCUGUGGGCAACAUGCAUCUGGAUCACGACAGUCUUCUGGCUAUGGUCAGUAUGGUUCUGGCUCAAGUCAGUCCUCUAGAUAUGGCCAUCAUGGUUCUGGAUCAGGUCAGUCUUCUAGCCUGGGGCACCAUAGGUCUGGAUUUGGUCAGUCUUCUAGCUAUGGUCAGCAUGGGUCUGGAUCAGGUCAAUCUUCUAGCUAUGGCCAACAUGGGUUUGGAUCAAGCCAGUCUUCUGGCUCUGGGCAACACAUGUCUGGAUCAGGUCAAUCUUCUAGCUUUGGUCAUCAUGAGUCUGGAUCAGGACAGUCUUCUGGCUAUGGUCAGUAUGGUUCUGGCUCAGGUCAAUUCUCUAGCUAUGGACAACAUGGUUCUACUUCAGGACAGUCAUCAAGCUGUGGGCAACAUGCAUCUGGAUCAGGACAGUCUUCUAGCCAUGGCCAACACAGAUCUGGAUCAAGUCAGUCCUCUAGAUAUGGCCAUCAUGGGUCUGAAUCAGGUCAAUCUUCUGGCCUGGGGCAUCAUAGGUCUGGAUCUGGUCAGUCUUCUAGCUAUGGUCAGCAUGAGUCUGGAUCAGGUCAAUCUUCUGGCUUUGGGCAACAUGAAUGUAGCUCAGGAGAGUCUUCUGGCACUGUGCAUGGAUCUGGCUUAGGUCAGUCAUCAAGCUCUGGACAGCAUGAAUCUGGAUAUGGUCAGUCCUCUAGCUAUGGACAACAUGCUUCCUCUUCUGGACAGUCAUCAAGCUGUGGGCAACAUGGAUCUGGAUCAGGACAGUCUUCUAGCCAUGGCCAACAAAGAUCUGGCUCAGGUCAGUCCUCUAGAUGUGGUUACCAUGAGUCUGCAUCAGGGCAAUCAUCUGGCUUUGGGCAAUAUGGGUCUGGAUCUAGUCAAUCUUCUAGCUAUGGUCAGCAUGGGUCUGGAAUAUGUCAGUCUUCUGGCUCUGGACAUUGGUCUGGAUCAGGUCAAUCUUCUAGCUGUAGCCGACAUGGAUCUAGCUCAGGUCAGUGCUCUAGUUCUGAACAAUAUGGGUCUGGCCCAUGUCACUCAUCUAGCUCUGAGCAGUGUGGUUCUAGAUCUGCUAUGAACAGCAAGGGAGAUGUAGGUCAAGUUCAAGUGGAGCUCAUAAUGAGUACAACAGACCCCAAAUGGGCUCAAUCCCAACUCAAUCAAGAAGAAAUAGCCAGGAGUGGUCAGGGUGUGGCCAAAAAGAAAGAAGUAGGAGUUAUAGCCUAUCAGGUAGUGGGCCUGGUGGAUAUGAGAGUAUUCAUGGACAAUCAAGAACAUGUACCCAACAAAGCCAAGGAUGGAGCCAAGGUCCAUGGGCAUCUGGCUGUAUCCAAUCAAAUUGUAAUGAAGGGCAAUCAAGGAGCAGCUGUAGACAAAUGGAAGAUCCCAGAGCAGCCUUCCUGGCUGCUGCUUGGUCCUUAUCUACAAAGCUUGGGCAUUCCAAGUGCUGAAGAUCUUAAAUCAGCAGGUACUCUGAGGCAUACAGCUGGGACAAAUCCACCGCUGCCAUACUGCCAGGGCUUCACAGCAGAGAAGGGGAACUCCCUGUGCACAGUUAUGGAGGAAAUAGUGUGCUUGGGGACCAAAAAGCAGGUGUCUCUGGUUGAGGGCAAAGAAAGAGUAUUCGGAACGAUGGCUGGAAUAUCAGGUUGGAGGCAAGCUCCAAAGGGCUUUAAAUGGAGUUGA